ACGGUCUCAUGGCUGAGACACCACUACACCGCAGCGCUACUCUGGGCAGGGUCCGGAGGUCGGAGCGCAGCGUAGUUGAGUCGUGACGUCAUCGAGUCAUUAAUCACGAUCGGCAAAUGGUCGCCACGUGUCAUCGGGACAAAUCCAAUCAAGCGUGACGUCACGGGCGAAGAAGGACUCUCAUCCUCCACCAGCAGUCAUGGUUGCACUGCGUGGUCAUGGUUACACGGCGCUAGGGUCUCGGUGUAGCGCCUCCCACUCAUCCCACGUGUAGUCCAACGGGGCACCGCACGUGCACAGAAAGUUUCGGUUAAAUCUGGAUUGCCGGAACAAGGACGUUCAUUCCCAGCAGUCAUGGACGAACUGCGUAUCCACGGAACAGGGUUUCGUAUCCCGGACAGGUGAAGUAAGGACUCUCCCAAUCCCCACCCACGCGCAGUCAAGGACGCACUGCACCACCCAAAGGUAAUCGGUCGUCGCCUGGUCAGGCACAGCCGAGCAGGACAAACCACUUCACGGAGUCGGCACUCCAGGUUUCAACCCAUCAUCGGGACGGUGUGAUUGCCAGGAGCGCAGCACACUGCGGAGGAUCGUACCAACGUACACCACUGGAAGGAUCGGCAAGGGACCGCCGAACCACUACUACACGCAAAGAAAUUCUGGUGAACAUUGGAUGCUCAAUCGCCCUUACCCAUCCGAUGUUCAAAUUUAUUCCCAUCGGAUGUUCAAAGCAUUUAAAAAAACACCAACACCACCGCAUUCUGAAUCAUACGAUUUUAUUCAUGCUCUAGUAUGCGUGAUAUUUGUGCAAACCGCACUGUCAACCAAAGAAUUUCUUCUUCGCCCUCUUUAAAAUAGCCCGUUCUUCUCUGUGGUCAGUUUGACGUUUUGUUUUUUUGUCGCGGUGCUCGCUCUGGAAGUUUUUUUUUCGGCCAGCGGUCCGGGAAUGUUUCCGCCGGUAAUUCUGUGCUCACCGCAUCGCGAGUGGUUCCCGUCCGUAGCCCAGAGAAUUAAUUUCGGUUCACUGAUAAGUGUUUUCCCCUAAUCAGUCGAGCCUCCUCUCUCCCCUCAACGUUUUUAGAUUUAAGCAAACUGGUACUUCCCUCACCGGACGAAUCAAUCCGCGGCGGCCCGAGUACGGCCAGCAAUUCCGUCGCGACGGCCCAAAUGAUGGAAACUGACACGGACCUGUUGAUGCCCGCGCCGGAAGAAUCUCCCUACUUUCCGGAAAAGUACCCCGGCAAAGUGUGCGCCCUGUGCGCGCUCGGCGAACGCAGCCAGUUGGGCCAGGGCGAAAUGGACGGAUCGAGGUCAAGAACAGUGUCGAAGCGACGGUGGCGGCCGCGCUGUAGUCCUAGGAAGACGACGAGGGAUUCUCCGGGCGCAGUCCCAGUCAGGGGGACAAACGGGCAGCGGUGGUGGUGUCCUCCGGCUCGGACUAUCGCUGCUGCUGAGCAGCAACAAACGACAGAAAGGAUUGAACGUAACGUAAGAACCCAAUUAUCAACGCCGAGUACGUGAUUGAGCUGGAGAAGAUCGGCCACACCGAGCCGGUGGAGUUCGCCUCGAUCAAGAACGGCGGAUACUUUUACACUCACCGGUCGUGUGCCAGCUGGUCGUUUGGCGUGGGCCUUGGCGCGGCCACGGGGACGCUCAGCAACCUGGAGGUGGUCGUAGCGCAGGCCUUAAGCAAAAAGUGCUACUUUUGCUCGCGCUAGGGGGUGAGUUUAGUGUGCAAGGUAGAUAAGCAAGCUACAUCGCAGUCCACAGAUUCAAAACACUUAUUUUUCCCCAGAUGUCCUGUCCAAAAUUGUUCUACUACCCAUGCAUCGCCGCGACCGGUGGCCGGUGGCACUACCACGAAACGUGACGUCGAUUCCGAAGUACGGCUGGAUGUGCCGGUGCUGUCGGGUUUGUUUUGAGUGGGGUUCGCGAACGCCGGGAGGGGGCGCUUCGUCGCGAUGGCUACCAGCAGCGGGACAAGGGCCACGCCAAUAUCCACGCCUAAGUCCACUCCAGCGAGCACAAUCUGCACCAAAUCAAAUCGCUGCAGGCCGAGUUGGCAAGCGGAAACCAAAGCUACAGUUGCAACCUCCCCCGGCAUUGGACAGGGACGACGGAACUCUGGCCGCGAUCGAAUCAGCCGCCUCUCUAACAGUUUUCCAUCAAGACGUCCCUCAAAAGCCCAUUCAGAAAACUCAGACCUGGCCGGCACGACCAAGUCGAGGAACCGGUUAACAACAACAAAGACAUCUCGUGUGUGUUACUUCGGAACUAUUCGGCGGAGGUGCGGACAGUUACUGCGUAGCACCAGAUUCCUGACUCUUGAUUCUUGUCAUAGAGAUGACUAAAAA